GCCCGACCCACGAACGCACCCGGCGCGCCGCCGCGGCGACCAUGCCCGCCCAGCCGACGCGGACCCGCGAGUGCAAGGUCGUGCUCCUCGGGGACACGGGCGUGGGCAAGUCGAGCCUCGCGCAGCGCUACGUGACGAACACGUUCAAGCCCUACAGCGAGUCGACCAUCGGCGCGUCCUUCAUGAGCAAGAUGAUUUUGGUGGACGGCGCGCCGUGCAAGUGCCAGAUCUGGGACACGGCGGGCCAGGAGAAGUACCACUCGCUCGCGCCCAUGUACUACCGCGGCGCCGCCGCGGCGAUCCUCGUCUUCGACAUCACGAAGCCGGCGAGCCUCGACAAGCUCAAGGCCUGGGUCCGCGAGCUCCAGACGCAGGGCCCGGAGCGCCUCGCGCUCGCGAUCGCGGGCAACAAGGCGGACCUCGCGGACCGGCGCGCCGUGCCCGCCGACGACGCCAAAGCCUUCGCCGCGGACAUCGGCGCGCUCUACUGCGAGACGAGCGCCAAGGACGACACGAACGUGUCCCAGCUCUUCGCGGACCUCGUCCGCCGCGCGCCGGCCGGCGGCGCCGCGCGGACCGACGACGCCUUCGACCUCGGCCACGACGCCGCGCCGAGGCGAGGCUGCUGCCGCGGGUAAUCAUGUCGAACGGGCGUC